CGAACAAACAGUCCGUGUUGAAAUACAGUGAAGUGAGGAUCAAAAGAAUAUGAACUUGAACGCUAGCUCUUUAGAGUUACAGCAAAAGAUCUUACGGCAACAAAGUCAACAAUCGCAUUUGUUUGACACAUUUGCAGCCAAUUUUAGUGAUUUAUCUUACGCGUCUUCUGAGGAGGAUGGGUCGCAACGCUGCAUAAGUAGUCCCAGCUACACGCAAAUCGAUGUGAGUGGUUACAAAGAAAAUUGCGAAAUGUUGCGCGACUGGUCUUCAGCUGUAAGCUAUACACAAGGUAGCCCAUUACAACACAUCUCCGAAUCCGAACUCUAUCAAAGCUACACCUAUAACUCGGCACAGCUCCAGCAGCAGUAUGAUUUUAAUACCAGUAUAGGUUCCUGUAAUGAAACAGCAUCUAUCAGCACCACACCCAGUGUGUCUGGUUCACCUGUUACAACUAAAAUUGCUAAAUCCAGCAGACGUUCUGGCGGUCAUUUCCGCAAAGAAUCACUGACAAAAAGACCAGAUACCGCUUUGCAACCUCCUAGCCCUACUGUGCUUAAGCGGCGGCGCCAAGCAGCAAAUGCACGGGAACGCAAACGCAUGAAUGGUUUGAAUGAGGCCUUCGACCGCCUGCGAGAAGUAGUGCCCGCUCCUACGAUUGAUCAAAAACUGUCCAAAUAUGAGACGUUACAAAUGGCGCAGACUUAUAUAACGGCACUUUGUGAGAUGCUGGAGAACGGCUUCAGCGCAGCCAACUAUAUAAUCCAGAGUGGCGAUCAAACAACGUUCCAAGAGGAUAUCCGGCUGCAGUAAAAACGAAGCACGAUAACCGUAAAUGAAAUAAUAGGAGAUGUGCUGUGCAGUUCUAAACCAAAGCAAACCGCAGCAUGGCUGGAGUACCCGCCAUGCUCUAGUAGUGUUAAGUGAAUAAGGAAAUACUCUUAACUAU